ACACACCCUCCCACACGCGCGCACUCGGGCAGAGCCGGCGGGCGGGAGGCGGAGGCACCCUCGGAGCCCGGCGCCCGGCGGGGAGGGGGCGUGCGACCGGGGACCGGCCCCGAGGCGCAGGAUGGAGGAGGAGAUGCAGCCGGCGGAGGAGGGGCCCAGCGUCCCCAAAAUCUACAAGCAGCGCAGCCCCUACAGCGUCCUCAAGACGUUCCCCAGCAAGAGACCGGCGCUGGCGAAGCGCUACGACAGACCCACCCUGGUGGAGCUGCCGCACGUCCGGCCGCCGCCGCCCCCGCCGCCCUUCGCGCCGCACGCCGCCGUCUCCAUCAGCAGCAGCGAGCCGCCGCCGCCGCAGCCGCAGCAGCAGUUCCAGGCGCAGAGCUCCUACCCCCCCGGGCCCGGCCGGGCCGCCGCCGCCGCCUCGUCGUCGUCUCCAUCCUGCACGCCCGCCGCGUCCCAGGGCCACCUGAGGACUCCGGCGCCGCCGCCGGCGGCCCCCGCCGCCUCCUCCUCCUCGUCCUUCGCCGCCGUCGUCAGGUAUGGCCCGGGCCCGGCGGCCGCCACGGGCAGCAGCAGCGCGGGCAGCGACGGCGCCAGCCUGGAGCUCAGUGCAGCUUCAUCUUCCACUAGGAGGAACCUCACAUACACAGGAAUGGAUGCCCCAGUCCAAACUUCCAGGCUCUGGCACCAUGGUCUGUCUUUGGGAGAAUGGCUCAGGGAAGAGUCCAACACAGGCCCUCGAAGCAGUUUGAAGAGUCGAAUGAUCUUGGAUGCCUUUGCCCAGCAAUGCAGUCGAGUUCUUAGUCUCUUAAAUUGUGGAGGAAAGCUUCUGGACUCCAACCAUUCCCAAUCCAUGAUUUCUUGCGUAAAGCAAGAAGGCUCGAGUUAUACCGAAAGACAGGAGCAGUGUCCCAUCGGGAAAGGGGUCCACAGUCAGACCUCUGAUAAUGUAGACGUAGACAUGCAAUAUAUGCAAAGGAAACAACAGACUUCUGCCUUUUUGAGGGUUUUCACUGACUCCCUACAAAAUUACCUGCUCUCAGGGAGUUUCCCGACUCCAAACACCUCAUCGGUCAGUGAGUACGGCCAUCUGGCCGACGUGGAUCCUCUGUCAACCUCCCCCGUGCACACACUAGGUGGCUGGACCUCCCCGGCGACCUCCGAAUCCCACGGUCACCCAUCCUCUUCCACACUGCCAGAGGAGGAGGAAGAGGAGGAAGAGGAAGGCUACUGUCCGAGGUGCCAGGAGCUGGAGCAGGAGGUUAUUUCCCUGCAACAAGAAAAUGAAGAACUCAGACGGAAAUUGGAGAGCAUCCCAGUGCCCUGCCAGACCGUUCUGGAUUACCUGAAGACCGUGCUACAGCACCACAACCAGCUCCUGGUCCCGCAGCCCGCCGAGCAGCCCACCGAGGGAAGCAAGCAGCUGCUGAACAACUAUCCUGUCUACAUAACGAGCAAACAGUGGGACGAGGCUGUAAAUUCUUCCAAGAAAGACGGGCGACGGCUCCUUCGAUAUCUCAUCAGAUUUGUUUUCACAACCGAUGAGCUUAAGUACUCAUGCGGCCUUGGGAAAAGGAAAAGGUCAGUGCAGUCAGGAGAGACAGGUCCUGAAAGACGCCCUCUGGAUCCAGUUAAAGUAACAUGCCUCCGAGAGUUCAUUAGGAUGCACUGUACCUCCAAUCCCGACUGGUGGAUGCCCUCGGAGGAGCAGAUAAACAAAGUGUUCAGCGACGCCGUGGGGCACGCCCGACAGGGGCGGGCAGUGGGGACUUUCCUGCACAACGGCGGCUCGUUCUAUGAAGGGAUCGACCACCAGGCUUCCCAGGAUGAGGUCUUCAAUAAAAAUUCCCAGGAUGGGUCCGGGGAUUAGUGGACAGAAUCUUGACACUGGAGCAGCUGGUCCACUCACGAGUUCCAGUUGUCCACAUCCUGUUACCCUCACCUGCGAGUCCAAAGCACGUCCUUCUGCCAGACUUGACACAUCUCAAACCUUAAGUCUCUGACCUACUGCCACCAUUCCCAAACAGAAAUCCAUUUUAGGGUUGUUUGGGAAGUCUGUGGAACCUACAACAGGCUUUCAGGAGAUUACAAAAAGCAAAGAACCACAAUUGCGUUGAAUUGAUUGCUAGCUAGACAGUGAGGCUGAAAACAAUAGGGGAGCUCCUGGUCACGUGUCUGAAACCUUCACGUAAGCUCUGCUUCCCGAGCAGAGCCAGUCCCCAUGGAAGGCCGGGUUAGAGUAGAGAAGACAGAGACAUGGAGUUAUUUUAAGGGACGACGAACAAACAUUCUCUUACUUUAAUUCAAAUAAGUUGUCUUUAUAUUUUCCAAAGACCUGAAUUCCUACUUCUCAGCAAAGACAUAGGAUAAGUGACACUGUGCUGUCUCAGCAUUGACAAAACCUCUGAAAAACCCAGAGAAAAGAGGUCACUGCUAGACAAUGAUUCGUUGGAAAUCAGGUGGGGUUUUUUUUAGUUAUUUUAGAAUCCACUCCCCGCCCCCCCCCCCCACAAAAUUUUUACUAUGUUGAUCAGAAAGGCACUACAUGAUCUCUGGAGUUUACAAACAGUAAGUUUUCGUUAUGUCAGUCAAGAAAUCUCCAAAGAUCCAAAACGCUUUUCAAAUGCUUGAUUUCGUAGGUUCAUAGACCCACAGUUUCCAUAGCCUUAACUCAGACUUUGUUGUCGCAACGCCAAAGUGAUGGGUUGAGCAAUGAGAGUUUUAACCACUCGGCUGUUCGGCGCACUGAAGACCGAACAAGUGGUGUGACUGACGGUAUUCACUGAAUUGACCAGAUGUUCAGGAAUUGUGUACACACAGCUUCAAGGCCAUUCUGACAACUAUGCAAUGGGCUUGUCUGUAAUUGCUCUGAAAUGUGAGGGUCUUUCUCUGAGUAGAUCUUUAGAAUUUGCAUAAACUUUUGUUUCUUAUUGUCACUGAUGAAAGUGUUUCAUCCCAACUGUUUUGCUGUUUGGCAUCUCCUUCCCGCCCAACCCCCACCCCCCAUUGUAGUUCCCUUGAACUACAAGCUCUGGCUAAGUUCACACUAAACCACUCCCACUUGUUUCCUCCAGUUUAAUUGGUUGAGCUCCUUCUGUGAAAUGACUACUGUCUUCGGGAGCAUUCCUUACGUACAAACUAUGGAGAUACCAGAAUCUGUUUCUGAGGACUUCCGGUUUGGCUGGCGGGAGCAGCCUCCUCUAUCGCAUUUAAUCCGAUUGUUACGUUCUUUGUGAAGCCUAGGGCUCAGUGGGCAGAAGUUACUGAAGGCUAUUAAUGUCAUCUACAGACACAACUAAGGGUUUUGAAAAUUGGUUGGAAAUUCAUUUAAAGUUCAUGAGCAUCCAUUUAUAAAGAGGUUUUUGUAACCAUUUUUUGUGAGACAGUAAAUUAUCCUUUAUGUUCAAUAGUUAGCAUCAACUAUAUGCAUGGUCCUGGGAAUAGGCCCGUCUUUAGCUUUUGUUAGGAUUAUGAGUUUCAUCCAUUGAAAAGUUUAAUGUUAUAGAGAUGGUCCUUUGUCUGAUCUGUUCGGUGGUGUGAGAAGAACAACAGUUCAAUCCUGUUUGGGGCAAGUCAGCUAACAUUUGUGAGUAAAGGAAAUGAUAAGAGCAAAUGUGAUGUUGGUUAGGGGAACCAAGAGACAGAGAAAGCAAUUCUUCAAGGAGUUUUCAGAGGUCUGAGAAGUCAAUACUUUACAGGAUCCUUUGGUGACAGGAAAUCUUGGUCUGACGCAAACUGUCACCAUAAGCAUGUUGCCUUUGUCUUUUUUGCAUUAGGCUUUAGUUAUCCUUACCACUGAGGACAACGUCCUUUUUUUUUUUU